AUGCCACCUAAGAAGAUUGAGCCAAAGAAACCGGAACCGAAAAAGCCAGAGCCAAAGAAAGAUGCUGCCCCAGCUGCCAAACCAGCUCCAACACCAGAACCACUGCCCGAGCCAACCAAGGAGCCUGAGUUUGACCCGAAAAGUAUCACACUUGAGUACACAGCUGACCAGAUUGAAGAGUUUAAGGAAGCCUUCAACUUGUUUGACCGCACUCCAACUGGAGAAAUGAAGAUUACAUAUGCUCAAUGUGGGGAUGUUAUGCGGGCUCUUGGCCAAAACCCCACCAAUGCAGAUGUGCUGAAAGUGCUUGGGAAACCACGUCCCGAGGACAUGAGCACUAAAAUGGUGGACUUUGAGACUUUCUUGCCAAUGCUUCAACACAUCUCCCGCGCAAAAGAUCAGGGCAACUUUGAAGAUUUUGUAGAAGGGCUCAGGGUUUUUGACAAGGAAGGCAAUGGCACCAUCAUGGGAGCAGAGCUGCGUCAUGUGUUGGCAACACUUGGAGAGAGGAUGACAGAAGAUGAAGUGGACCGAUUAAUGGCUGGACAGGAGGAUGCCAAUGGAUGUAUCAAUUAUGCAUCCUUUGUAAAGCACAUUCUUUCUGUUUAA